AUGUCAAAGCUAUAUCGAGCUCGGCCGGAGAAUUACACCGUCGGUUGGAUAUGCGCGCUGCCCAUCGAACUCGCCGCUGCGCGAAGAAUGCUAGAUGAAAUCCAUAAAGACUCCUAUCGACAUGUUAACGAUGCGAGUAUAUACACUCUCGGUCGUAUUGGUGAACAUAAUGUGGUUGUCGCAUGUCUUCCAUAUGGUCAAACGGGCACCAGCUCUGCUUCUGCGGUCGCGACCCGGAUGAUGUCUACUUUUCCAUCGAUCGAGUUUGGUUUGAUGGUUGGCGUUGGAGGUGGCGUCCCCUCUCAAGAUGUUGAUAUUCGGUUAGGAGAUGUGGUGCUCGAAGCUAGAUUCAUGAAAUGCUUUUCUACACUCAAUACGUGGCCGGAAUUCUCACAAGAAGAUGUGGGGCCAGAUGUGCUUUUUGAACCUAGCUAUGACCACAUUUCCGGAGAGACAUGUGUAAAUUGUGAUCAGAAGAAGGUCAUAAAGCGGAAUCCACGUGGUCGGGAUUUUAUGGUUCACUACGGCACUAUCGCAUCCGGGAAUCAAGUCAUGAGAGAUGCUACCGAAAGGGACAAAGUUAACUCGGAGCUAGGUGGAGUUCUCUGCUUUGAGAUGGAGGCAGCAGGCCUCAUGAAUACUUUUCCAUGUCUCGUCAUCCGAGGGAUCUGCGAUUAUGCCGACUCGCAUAAGAAUAAAAGAUGGCAAGCAUAUGCAGGAGGAGCUGCCGCAGUAUAUGCGAAACAGGUAUUAUCCGUGAUUCCUUCAACCGAUGUGUCUCGGUUGGGGUUGGUAAAUCAUGAUUUUGCAGAGGAAAAUGGCUCAAGCAUUCCCCGCGGUGCAAACCGGUUUCGUGGAGAGAGCCUCGAUAGAAACACGGAGCUCUGGAGGGAACAAACCCGGAAAGCCAAAGAAAUCGAGCUUCUAAAGAAACUCAAUGUAUGCCCAUACCGCGCUCAAAAAGAACGCAAUCCAGACCGGAUCCAAGGGACAUGUGGAUGGUUUACAGCUCAUAGGCUCUUCCGAGACUGGAAAGACAGCAGUACGUCGAGAAUACUUUGGGUAUCCGCAGAUCCGGGUUGCGGGAAAUCUGUCCUUGCCAAAUAUCUAGUAGAUGAUGUCCUAGUGGCUAAUAAGUCCAGGACUAUAUGCUACUUCUUCAAGGACGACUUUGAUGACCAGAGGAUCAUUGUCAGUGCUCUUUCCUGCAUCCUACACCAACUCUUUAUGCAAAAACGUAUUCUUCUCUCUGAAACGAUUCUUGAACAAUUCGAAGUUAGUGGAGAAAACUUUACCAGCUCAUUUGAUGAACUCUGGAACACCUUUAUUAGCAUUGCAGAAGAUGAAAAUGCCGGCGGUGAAAUUAUCGUUGUACUCGAUGCCAUUGACGAAUGCGAAGAAUGUGGAAGAUCUCAAUUAAUCAAAUCGUUGUGCAAACUAUAUGGUAAGAAGAGAAACUUCAAUUUGAAAUUCCUUCUUACUAGUCGGCCCUAUGGCGACAUUCGACGGGGUUUCCAGCCUUUAGAGAUUCCGGAAUUUCCAAUCAUUCGCCUCAGCGGAGGGGGUGAAGUGGAGUCGAAGAAAAUUUCACAAGAGAUUGGUAUUUUCAUUGAAGUCAGAGUCAGCGAGAUUGGUGCAAAAUUGAAGCUUAAGCAUGAGGAGCAAGAACUUCUAUUGCAAAAGCUUAUUAAUGUUCCCAACAGAACAUAUCUAUGGGUUCACCUAACUCUAGAUUUAAUUGAGAACAAUUUUAACAUUGACAAAGCCGGGAUAGUCGAUGCGAUCUCCCACCUCCCACAUACCGUUGAUGAAGCGUAUGAGAGGAUUCUAUCCAGGAGUCGUGAUUCUGAUCAAGCCAAAAAACUACUACAGAUUGUUGUUGCAGCAAUUCGACCCUUAACUCUGAAAGAAAUGAGUUUAGCGUUAACUCUUACAGAAAAUCAUCACUCCUACAGCGACCUUGACUUCAAAUCGGAAGAGCGUUUUCGUGAGGACGUUCGAGAUUUAUGUGGUCUCUUUGUGACAGUCAUAGACUCGAGAAUAUACCUGCUUCACCAAACUGCGAAGGAAUUCUUGGUUCAGGGUCCUCUUGGUAGCGUCCGUGAAGAUUUCAAAUGGAAACACUCACUACAACCACAAGAGUCUCACCGUAUUCUUACAGAUAUCUGCAUCCGGCACUUGAAUUUCACAGAAUUUGAGACCAAUCCUCUUAGUGAAGAUGCUAUACCCGAAUAUAUUGACAGUCACACCUUUCUCGACUACUCUGCCAAAAACUGGGUCACUCACUUUCAUGAGUCCCAUAUCAAGGACGGCACCGUGAUACAAUCACUGCUGAGACUAUGCGAUACAACUUCGAGCCGUUGCUUGACUUGGUUCAGGAUAUAUUGGACAAGCACACACACAGAUUUCCCCAAAAGUUUUACCACCCUUAUGGUUGCAUCCUAUUUUGGAUUCAGAAUUGUGGUAAAUAUUCUUCUUGAAUCGAAUGACAUUGACCUGAAUCUUAAAGAUGGCACAUAUAGGCGGUCUGCACUAUCUUGGGCUGCUAGAAACGGGUUUGCCCCAGUUGUUCAGCUACUGAUUAGGGGGACUGGCAGUUACCUGAAGAGUAUCGUCAAGCUAGCAUUUAGGAAGGGAGCACAAGUCGAUUCAGUGGACAGAUACCGUCGAACGCCUCUACUGUAUGCAGCUUGGAAUGGAAACGUGGCAGUCGUCAAGGUACUGCUUAACGCAGGUGCACGGAUUGAUGUGGCAGAUGAAAUUGAUGGGACGCCGCUGUCUUAUGCCAUUUUUGGUGGACAUAAGGCGAUCGUUCACCUGCUUUACAGAAAUGCAACCCAGGUCCAUUCAGAGUAUAUGAUUAGUGAAAACCUACUAUUUCCGGCCGUAGAAAAAGGCCAUGAGGACGUUGUUAAGCUCCUCCUCGAGACAGCCGGAGCUAAUCCUAACCUGAGAGAUAAUAACGGCCAGACACCGUUAUGGUGGGCUGCAUGGAAUGGCGAUGAAGCUAUCAUUAAACUCCUCCUUGAGAUAGGCAGGGCUGAUCCUGACCCAAAGGAUAAUAAUGGCCGGACACCAAUAUGGUGGGCUUCGUGGUAUGGCCAUGAGGCUAUCAUUAGGCUUCUCCUUGAGACAGGCAAAGUUGAUCCUGACCUAAAGGAUAAUAAUGGCCAGACGCCAUUAUACUGGGCUGCACGGAAUGGCCGUAAAGCUAUUGUUAAGCUUCUACUUGAAACAGGCAAAGUUGAUCCUGACCCAAAGGAUAAUCAGGGCUAUACCCCAUUAUGGUGGGCUAUACAGAAUAAUAACAAGGUUAUUAUUAAGCUUUUACUUGAAACAGGCAGAGUUAAUCCUGACCCAAAGGAUAAUCAUGGCCGGGCACCAUUACAAUAA